AUUCUCCAAAAUAUCGAUCAGCUGAUAUCUCCCCCCAAAAAGAAAGAAAUACAUGUGAAAUAAGUAUUGAACCCAAUCAUUGCUCAAACCAGUCCGAUCAUGGAUUCAUUUCUUGACGAUCAUAGUCCCGCCGAGUUGUUCAUUCCCCUCCUAGUCUUAUUUUUGUUCACCCUCUUCACAUACCUGUCUUAUUCCGGAUUGUUCACCUCCAUUAAAGUGGACACCCAAGAGCCGCCUUAUGGUCCCAUGUUAUUUGCCUAUAAAUCCACCACUGGCCCAUAUAAAGACGCUGGCGGCCUUUUCACGGAGACCGUAUGUCUCAUGCCAGAUAAAACGACCAUGGGGAUUUACUACGAUGAUCCGGAUGGAGUCCCAGCAGAGGAAUGCAGAUACGCAGUGGGAUGUAUUUUGUCUCAAGAACCCGCUGCUGCAUCCACGGAAGAUAUGGAGCGCAUGAUUGCGCAAGGAUUCCACUUGGUUCAUUUGCCCAAGCCUAAUUACUGUGUUUGGACCUCUUUUCCAUUUAGGACCACACUUUCCAUUUUUAUUGGUAUUUUUAGAGUGUAUCCAAAGCUCAAGGAUUACAUCACAAGCCGCGGGUUGUGCGCAUAUCCGGCGGUUGAGGUCUACGAUGGGGAUCAGAUCAAUUUCAUGAUGCCUUUGUCGAGACAAGAGGAGUUCUUUGUGCCGGAAUUUUCCGAGGAAGAGGUCUCCAUUGCCACGACAGAGGCCAGUUCAGCUACUCAAGCAGGACUCAGCCGAUCCAGUCGAGUCAAGACAGCCUCAAACUCGUCGAGGAAAGUAAUGACCUCUUUGAUGGAAGAUGAAGUGACAGUGGCGGAAACCGAAGUUGACGAGGACGGAUUUUUGAAGCCUAUCAGUAUCAAAAAAGUUGACAAAACUGCUUUACCAGAAGACCCCAUUGAAGAAGACCUGGAAGAGCCAAGUAGUUCUUCCAAAGUUGACGAAGAUUCGAGCGAAUUCGAAGAUCUGACCAAUGAAACCUUAGAACCUCUAGUAUCAAGUCCGGUUCAAGUAAACUGAUUUCAUUAUUGCUUUUGUGAACUAAUGCUUUUAUCUAAAGAUCUAGAUCGGUGGAUCUCAAUUAAAAAUGCUCGCAAUAA